CUUUGCCGCUCCCCUUUUCCUCACGCUGUUCUAUUGAUCUUUUCUCCUCCCACUUUCGGGGGCGCUGUUCUAUCCAUCAUCACUCCUCCCCCGCGGGACUUGAUCUCUGCUUGGCUCUUACCUCUCGCCUACCUUUCACCCUCCUGCCUCUCCCGUCCUGACGUAGACUAUUACGUACUUCUUCCAGUCCCCACCGGCUGUUCGGCCGCCCUCUGUUCUCUUCCCUCCUCCCCCUCCCUAGUGGAAGUUUGUCUCGUGUUGUCGUCGUCGUCGUCGUCUCGCGCCUCUCCUUGCUCUCUUCCGCCUCCCCUCCCCGCUUGGUAGUUGCUGCUGCCGCUGUGCCGCCGCCGCAUCCGGGUCCUGGCGCCGCUCGCUGUCACUAUGGUCAUGGCGGAGGGGACGGCUGUGCUGAGGCGGAACAGGCCGGGCACCAAGGCCCAGGAUUUUUAUAAUUGGCCUGAUGAAUCUUUUGAAGAAAUGGACAGCACAUUGGCAGUCCAACAGUAUAUUCAGCAAAACAUAAGGGCAGACUGUUCAAACAUUGACAAAAUUCUUGAACCUCCAGAAGGACAGGAUGAAGGUGUUUGGAAGUAUGAACACUUAAGGCAGUUCUGUCUUGAGCUUAAUGGCCUUGCUGUUAAACUUCAGACUGAAUGCCAUCCAGAUACAUGCACACAGAUGACAGCAACUGAACAGUGGAUUUUUCUUUGUGCGGCCCAUAAAACUCCCAAAGAGUGUCCUGCUAUUGACUACACCAGACACACAUUGGAUGGAGCAGCAUGUCUUCUGAAUAGCAAUAAAUAUUUUCCCAGCAGGGUUAGUAUAAAGGAAUCCUCUGUAGCCAAACUAGGAUCAGUCUGCAGAAGGAUUUACAGAAUAUUUUCACAUGCAUAUUUUCAUCAUCGCCAAAUAUUUGAUGAAUAUGAAAAUGAAACCUUCUUGUGUCACCGGUUUACCAAAUUUGUGAUGAAAUAUAACUUGAUGUCCAAGGACAACCUGAUCGUUCCAAUUUUAGAAGAAGAGGUGCAGAAUUCAGUUUCUGGUGAAAGUGAGGCAUGAUGAGUAUGGGGGACUGAAAUGAACACGUAAUGAACAUUAUAUACUGUAUAUAUCAUUUUAGCAACUUCAAUCAUGUAUCCUUAGAGCUUUGUUUAGUAUAAUUUUUGUAUGCUGUGUGCGUUGCAUCUUAAUAUGGGAUAUGGUUUAAAUUAUUCAUGAGCUGUAUAUUCAAUGUGGCGCUCCUGGUUUUUAAAUAAAAUUAGAAUUAUCUGUUUAUACUGCCUGUUAAUAAAAGAAUUUACAGUUCUGUAAAAUUGCUGCUAAACAAUCAUUGGAUCACAAUCUUCAAACUUUGUCCAGUUUAAACCUGAAGCUUCUUGUACUAAUGAAGUUGGAAUUCUAGCCUUAGUUUGACACACUCUUGAUUUCGGAAGCUUGCAAGUCCAUUUCAUUCUGACUUACAUAUUUGAUAAAAUACCCUUAUUUUAGUUCCCAAGUUUUGCUUUUUUGGGUGUGCGCAUAUAUAGUAUUAAACUAUUGUAGUAUGUGUGUAUCCAAAUAUUCAUUAUUACAGUAUUAAUACCAAAAGGAUAACCCUUAUUAUGCUGCCAAAAGUGUAUUCUAGAAUUGUUUGUUUCUUUAAGGACUUGCCUUUCUGUAUCAAUGGAGGCUUGUGUGUAUCACAAAAGGUCACGUGUUCACUUCAGUCAUCUUAAGGCAAAGAUUUCCUUCUGUGUUUUCCUACCUGCAUCUCUUGCCAGUGGAUAAAAACAACUUGUGUUCCUCUUGCCUACAGUAAAGUACUCUGUGGCUUAUACCUGUGCAUAUUUAUAGUAAUUGCUUACAGACUAUACCUUGCAUUAAAAGCUCAUGUUACACUACUGUAGAGUGUGCCAAAAUAACCUUACUCAUUUGUAACAAAAGGAUUCCAUGUAUUUGGAAUUCUAUCCAUCACAGUACACACGUAGCUGGAUUCUUUCUUAUCUUUCAUCCAUCCAAAUACCAUCUGCUUUAUGUUCCAGUAAUUGAAUUCCACCAUUUUUCUCCCCUUGCCCACAAUCUAGAUGUAAGUUCUUUAAAUAGCGUUUGCCGGUUUGCAUUAGCGUGAAGAUUCUAUGAGAACUACUUAAUGGAGUAUGAGCUAUUUUGAAUGCUGUAGAAUUAAAUAUAUUUUUUAAAAAAACUAGCAGGCUUUGUAACAUUGGAUGUACAUGAACACAGAAAUCUAAAAGCACUGCAGUGAUCAAAUGGAUGUGUUAAGAUGUUUUUAAUUUUUUGAAGUGGGUGUAUGGUCCUGUCACACUAAAACAUUAACCAGUGCCCCUUUAUCUGUUGAAAGAUAUGUUUUGGCCUUUGUAAUUUUUUUCCUUUUGAAGAUUACUCAUUAACUAGGAAUGACAGAUGCAAAUUUAUUUCCUAAUAAUUUUUCCCCAGAAUAACAUGGUGGACAAGCCUUAAUUGCAUAUAAAAUAUUACACAUUGGACCUGUCUAAUAAAGAGAUUGCCACCUUAUAUCCCUUUGUUGGAGAGAGAGAGAGAGAGAGAGAGGGACUUUGAUCUUCAUGGGUUAUGGCAUAAGCUCCACUCCCUUUCAAUGGGGCUGUGUUGGUGACAUAUUUUUUGGAGGACUGGACUGGUAGUUGUUCAGUGCAUUUACAUACCGUAGUUCUGCCUCUUUGGGCUGCUCUUUCAGUUUCUAAAAUGGUUUUGAUGGUCAACAGGGUCUUCACAUCAGAUGUGCUUUAGCAACAGCAACUCCCAUUGUAAAGUUUUCCUUUGGGCAACAUCGAUCCAAUUGAUAUCUCAAAGCAAGUGACUAUGGAAAUGCAUUUCAGAGGUAACAGGAUAUAUUUGGUAUGGUCAGAAUUGGCUGAUUCAGUAUAGUCUCCCCCAGCCAGAAAAUGAAAUGGUGCCAUUAAGCAUUUCUGUGAAAAUGUGGUGCUUGUAGCUCCAAUAAAAUCUCAACACACCUCCCUAUUCUAGUAUAUGCCUCUGAAAUAGCUAACCUUGUUUUUAGCAAAUAAUUCCAAUGCUGCUGCACUGUAAACUUGACUUCAUAUAAUCAAGCUAAGUAAAUGGGACACUACUUGUCACUUUCCUUAACGCUGUUGACUUGAGUACCUCUGAUAAUGUGUGUGCACAUGUGCCUGCCUGAUACUAUACAUCUUCAGUACGAAAAUAAGUGAACUAUUGACUUUGUAUGGUAAAUAUAUUGAGGGUUUAACUUACAUUUUGCAUUAUAGGGAAACUGAGCUAUGUUUGUCUUUUGAAUUACUAUGUAAAAAGUAGAGGUUGCAAUUAAAUUUUUUUCUUUUUCCA